AUGCCCGCAACCAUAUCCUCUGCCGCCACCUCCGGAGCUGUAACCUCCGUUACCACCACUGCCGCUUCCACAAGACUAGGCCUUGUUGACGGUGAUGUUACGGCCGUUGAGGUUCUGGUCGUUCAUGCCUUCGAUCGCGUCCCUAAUGGCCUUCUCAUUGUUGAAGGUGACGAAGUCGAAGCCCCUGGACCUCCCGGUCGUUGA